AUGGACGCCUACUGUAGGGAGAUCAGGAAACUUGAAGCCAAGUUCUACGACCUCGAGUACCACCACGUCCCUAGGGACGACAACGUCGCAGCAGAUGUCUCGUCGAAGCUCGGAUCAAAGCGAGUGUUGACGCGAGUCCUCGUGCCAGCAAGUGUAUUCGUCCAAGCCAUCAACAGUCCUACAGUCAAAAUAGAGGAGGAACCUCCCACAAAGCCCGACUUGGUCCCGGCCUUAGGGCAGCAAGUUCUAACUCUUGACACCGAGUGGCGCUCCCCCAUCAUUGACUUCAUGAAGAACAACAAAAGCUACCCCAAAGGAAAGGAACAUGAAAAGCUUGCACGUCGCUUGUGCAACUAUGUCGUCAUAGGAUCCGAGUUGUUCAGGCACUCGGCAUCCUCAGGAACCCUGUGCAAGUGCAUCGCACAGGAUGAAGGAGUCCGACUCCUCAGCGAGAUCCACUCGGGCAUCUACGGCAACCACGCAGGAGCCUCCACUCUUGUGGGCAAAGCCUUCCGAUUAGGCUUCUACUGGCCUACGGCCCUGGCCGAUGCCCGGAACCUCGUCAGGCGUUGUCCCAGGUGCCAGUUCUUCUCCAAGACACAACACAUCUCAGCUCAGGCCUUACGGACGAUACCACCCUCCUGA